AUGGCGACUGCGAAUUUCUCCAACCCCGACUCCCUGGCGGAGCUGUCCGCGCUGGUGGAGCGAACGCUUCUGGAUACCGGGCGGCUAUUCAAAAAGAACGGCUCGGUGCCGUCGAGCACGCACCUGCAGCGAUCCAUCCCGAUGCAUUAUGAGAGCUUCCAGCUGGCGCUGGACAACCUCUCUCAGCAGAUUUUUAUCGCCAAAGCAUUCCUGGAAAAGGAUUAUGAAGCUAUCAAGGCGCGAGAGGCGGUGCCGCAACCCGCGGAGGAUGAAGUUAUGAAGGAUGUGGGCCUGAACAGUGCAGCCCAGGUGCAACCACCACCUGCCGAGAAGGCUGAAAGCCCCGAAAAGGUCGAAGCGAAGAAGGAAGAAGGUACUGCAGCAAAGCCGCUAGCGCCCACCGCAGCCGUGCCAGAACCCCAAGCGACCGAGAAUGUGGCAGUGAAAGAAGAGCAGAAGCAUCCCGGCACAACUGCAUCUCCCGAUCAAGAAAUGAAUGGGGGCGAGGGGCUCAACUUUGACUCGGUUCUCAAUGACACGGGGGGCUCUAAUUCUUUCGACCUUAAUCUUGACUUUGGCAAUGACGAUAUGGGCAACCAAGCCUUCCUCUCCGGAACGACCUUUGGCAACACACCUGCCACCGGCGCCGACAAGCCGAAUGCUUCAUUGCCGGCGGAUAAUACGAAUACGGUUCCGGCUCCUGCUGGCGGGGGUGCGUUCGACAUGGAGCUGCAAAAGACCGACGGCGAUGCCAACAUGUUCCCUGAGCAAGGUACUGGAACGGACGAUAUCAUGCCUGGAGAAUCCAGCUUCGACGACUUGUUUAUGGAAACGGAGAAUUUCGGUGAGGGCACUGGAGACCUCAAUCAGUUGGAGGGAGAUAGUUUGAUGAACAUCAGCGAGCUGGAUGACAACUGGUUCAGCUGA